UGGGCGAGGCUGUCCCAAGUUGCUGCCAAGGGUGCUGAAUAUAAUUCCCGUGAACGCCAGCCCCACCCAAAAUGUUUAGAAGGGACCCGGGUGGAUCUCCUUAACUACAUCCACGGAUCACUGGACGACCCAGAGAAGAAUCGGCUCAUUUGGCUGCAUGGCACGGCGGGCGAUGGAAAGUCUGCUGUUGCGUUCACUGUA